AUGGGUCAAGUUAGAAGUGAUAAAGAAAGACUACAAUUAUAUACUGAUUUAUUUGGUUCGAAACGCCGUUUUGAUAUUAAUGAAAAUGACGUCCCUCUUCUUCCUAAUGCUCACAUCCCAAAUAGAGUAGAAGAUAUACCAGGUUUAGAAGAUUUAGUAAAAGGAUCGGUGAUAGAAGAUAUUAUUGAUGAAAAAUCAUCAAUUAAUUCUUCAAAUUUGACAAAAGAAAGUGAUGAGAAUUUAUAUAUAUUGCAUGAAAGAACUCAUAUUAGGAAGAUUUCGGAUUCCAAAAGUAUAUCAAGCGGAGAUAAUACUCCUUUAACUUCGCCAAAAAGUAUCAACUAUAAUGAAAAUAAUUAUACAAAUCUUAAUUAUCAAAAAUCUCUACCUCAGCCACAACCUCAUCCUCAUCCUCCUCCUCAUCAACUUCAUAAAAGUAGUACUGCUGGAAUCUUCCCACCUUCAAAUUAUAAUGAUUUAAACAAUGCUCCAAAUAGCGCAGGAAAUAGAGCUCCGCAUUACUCCUCAUCUUCUUCUCAAGAUGAUCAUUUACAAAGAACAAAAAGUGAAUUCAUGCCUAAGAGGAAGCAAUCUUUACCACAAUUAGCAUUAGCUGGACUAAAAAAACAAACCAGCUUCAGUAAUAACAAUAGUCCUACACAGUCAAGAAAGUCACCUUUACAAGGUUUUGGAUUUUUUUCUAGACCUAGUUCAAGAGAUCUAAAUGACCAUUCAAAUUCGCAAGGAUAUACUCAGCAGCAGCAGCAGCAGCAGCAACAUCAACAACAACAGGUGCAGCAUCAACAUCAAUAUCAACAUCAACAACAGCAGCAGCAGCAACAACAGCAUCAAUUACAAAGCCAGAGUUCACAACAAUUUGAUCCUCAUCAUAAAAGAAGGUCAAUGUCGAUAAGUUCCUCUACUCUAAAGAGUUUUAAAUCUUCGUUUCAUUCAAAAUCGAAUAGUCGCAAAGCAUCUCAAAAGAUUGAAUCUUCUACAAAUCCAUUUCUAGAUGAGAAUCAAAUUAGUAGCCAUACAUUAACAUCAAGCACCAGUUCAAAUAAUUUAGGGUUAGGGUUAUACUCAAGAGCAUCUUCUUCUUCAUUAAUGUCAAAAAGGUAUGCCUCUAUUUCAAGUGUUUCAACAGUACAAAAUCGUCAACUGCACUCGGGUACUCCUACUAAACAUUUGCAGAGCCUUUCUAGUAGAAAGAAUAAUGUAUAUGCAGCAUUGUUAUCACAGGUUGCAGUGAAAUUUAAAGAAAAUGUGCAGCUUGGUGAACAUAAGAAAGAUGGAUUACUUUACAGAGAUGCGUUCACUGGACAACAAGCAGUUAGUGUUAUCUGUUCAAUAAUAAGAACAUCGGAUCGUAAUUUGGCGUUGCUUCUUGCUAGAUCAUUGGAUGCUCAAAAGUUGUUUCAUGAUGUCGUUUAUGAGCAUAGACUCCGUGAUUCCCCUAAAGAAGUAUAUGAAUUUACUGAUAAUUCAAGGAUCAUUGGUACAGGUACCACUGGGUAUGUUCCGAUGAACACGCAUGAUCCUUUUAGUUUGAUGUCAAGUACAAGCAAUAUCAAUAAUAAUGGUUUCCAGAAUUCAUUAUCUUUAACUGAUUCGGAAUCUUCAUUUAUGAGCGAACAGGUCGGGCAUGGAAUUAAAGAUAUUCCAGAGGAAAACCGUUCGUACAGAAAUAAUAUUAAUGGUGUAUUCACUCUGUUAACCGAAUGUUACAUACCUACAUGUACCCGUGAUAAACUAUGUUACUCCAUUUCUUGUCCACGUCGUUUAGAACAGCAGGCGAGACUAAAUAUGAAACCAAACGGGGGUUUAAAACGUAAUAUCUCUAUGAAUUUAGAUGAUGAUGAUGAGGAAAGGCCCUCUUGGACGAGUUCUGUUUCUGAAGAAGUUUGGAAAAACUUGCCAACGAAAGAAAUUAAAAGGCAAGAAGCAAUUUAUGAGGUAUUCAGCACUGAAAAGAAUUUUAUCAAGUCACUAGAAGUAACUAGAGAUACUUUUAUGAAAACACUUUCGGAAACUAAUAUCAUUCCGUCAGAUAUUCGUAAAAACUUUAUUAAGCAUGUCUUUGCACAUAUUAAUGACAUUUAUUCUGUUAAUAGGCGUUUUUUAGAAGCGUUAACUGAAAGACAAAAAAGUUCUCCAGUGGUUAGGGGAAUUGGUGAUAUUAUAUUAAGAUUCAUUCCAUUUUUUGAACCAUUUGUGUCCUAUGUGGCUUCUCGUCCCUAUGCCAAAUAUUUAAUUGAAACCCAAAGAUCUGUCAAUCCUUACUUUGCUAGAUUCGAUGAUGAUAUGAUGAAUUCUAAUUUAAGACAUGGAAUUGAUUCAUUUUUAUCUCAAGGUGUAUCUAGACCUGGACGUUACAUGUUAUUGGUGAAAGAAAUUAUGAAGUCUUCAGAUUCAGACAAGGAUGGCAGAGAUUAUGAAUCACUUAAUAAAGCAAUGGAUGCUCUACGAGAUUUUAUGAAACGUAUUGACCAAGCAAGUGGUGCAGCACAGGAUAGGCAUGAUGUUAAAUUAUUGAAGCAGAAAAUAUUGUUUAAGAAUGAAUAUGUUAAUUUAGGUUUGAACAAUGAAAAGAGAAAAAUUAAGCAUGAAGGUAUUUUAUCAAGGAAGGAAUUAAGUAAAUCAGACAAUAGUGUUAUUGGUGAUCUGCAAUUUUAUCUCUUAGAUAAUUUAUUAUUAUUUUUGAAAUCGAAAUCGGUCAAUAAAUGGCAUCAACAUAAAGUUUAUCAAAGACCGAUUCCACUACCGUUAUUAUUUGCCACACCUGGGGAGGAAGCUCCGAUUUUAAGAAGAUAUAUUGGUAGCAAACCUGAUUGCUCUGGUACUGUUUUCUUUAAUGACAAUCGUCCAAAUCCUAAGAAUGCAAUUACGUUUUUAUAUUACGGUGCUAAGCAAAAAUAUCAAGUAACUUUAUAUGCAGCUCAGUAUGCAGCAUUACAAACAUUGUUGGAUAAAAUUGAUCAAGAGCAAAAGCGUAUUAUUAGAGAUACUGACAAUAUUAACGUUACCAAGAUUAGUGAUAAGUUUUUUGAUUAUACAAACAAGAUCAACAGUGUCGUUUCAUGUGAUGGUGGCCGUAAAUUACUUAUUGCCACUAAUUCAGGGUUGUAUAUGAGUAAUAUUAGAAGAACAACUGCAUCCGAUACACAGAAGGCCCAGAUAUUUUUCUCCACCCCAGUACAGUUAAUUCAAAGAAACAAUAUUACGCAGGUUGGUGUAUUGGAAGAAUUCAAAUCAGUUUUAUUAUUAGUGGAUAAGAAAUUAUAUUCAUGUCCAUUGUCUUUGCUAAAUGUUGAAGGUAACGCGACUGCAUUUUUCAAGAAGAAUAGUAAAGAAUUAAUUAAUCAUGUUAAUUUUUUUGCUGAAGGUGAUUGUAAUGGGAAGAGACUAAUUGUUACUGCACACCCACACUCUAUUAAAUAUUUCGAGCAUGAACAUCCAUUGUUAACUGAUAACAGUGGAUCUAGUAAGAAGAAUUUAAAAAAGAAGAUAACGGAAGUUAUGUUUGAUUCUGAACCAGUAUCUAUAUCAUUUUUGAAAGCUAACCUAUGCAUUGGUUGUAAGAAAGGUUUCCAAAUUGUUAGUAUAUACAAGAAUCAACAUGAGGCGUUAUUGGAUUCUGCGGAUACAUCGUUAGAAUUUGCAUUAAGAGAUACUUUAAAACCUAUGGCAAUUUAUCGAGUUGGUAAUAUGUUUUUAUUAUGUUACACGGAAUUUGCAUUUUUUGUUAAUAAUCAAGGAUGGAGGAAGAAAGAUUCACAUAUAAUUAAUUGGGAAGGGGAGCCUCAAAAGUUUGCCAUUUGGUAUCCGUAUAUCUUGGCGUUUGACAAUAAUUUCAUUGAGAUCAGAAACAUUGAUAACGGAGAACUAGUACGUUGUAUAGUUGGCGAGAAGAUCAGAUUAUUACAAACCAGCUCACAAGAGAUAUUAUAUGUAUACGAAGAUUCUCGUGGGUAUGAUACCGUUGCAUCAUUAGAUUUGUGGGGUAAAACUUAG